AUGUUCCCCCUCGCCAAAUCAUUGCUCAACCCACUUCCUUUGUCACUGCGCACCAUGACCAUCUCCACCAGUACCAUGAACGGAGUCUCUAAAGCUAGAUUACUAUCUACUAGAGCCUCGAAAGUCCUCGCUGCUCUAGAUCUACCUACCAAUACAGAUCAGACUAUACAAGGUGUAUUCGACGGGAAAUGGAAAGGUUCAGGUGAAAUCUUGAUUUCAAAAUGUCCUGCAACGGGUGAAGUGUUAGGUAAAGUACAAGGGGCAUCAGUCUCCGAGACUCAAGAUGCCAUAGCGGCUUCUCUUGAAGCUUCCAAACUCGUCAGGCGAAUGCCAGCUCCUAAAAGAGGAGAAAUUGUCCGUCAGAUUAGGGAAGCCUUAUUAUCCAAAGUAGAUGAAUUGGGAGAUUUGGUAUCUCUCGAAAUGGGUAAAAUCAAAUCUGAAGGUAGAGGUGAGGUCGUUGAGUUUGUUGAUGUGUGCGACUACGCUACCGGAUUAUCAAGAUCGAUGAAAGGAAAUGUGUUACCUUCAGAAAGACCAGAACACGUAAUUUACGAAAUCCCAAAUCCGUUAGGCGUAGUUGGUGUUCUCUCCGCUUUCAAUUUCCCAGUAGCAGUAUACGGAUGGAACUUGACAAUCGCUCUCGUGACUGGCAAUUCAACAAUUUGGAAACCUGCUCCAUCAACCCCGUUGACAGCUAUAGCGGUCGCAAAACUCAUUCAGCCAGUAUUGGAAAGGAACGGCUUACCUGGAGCCGCAGCAGCCUUAGUAUGUGGUGGUGUGGAUGUAGGGAAGACUGUGGUUGGAAGUACAGAUGUCCCCCUUGUCAGCUUCACAGGAAGUGAGGCCGUAGGUAAAGAAGUUGGAAAAGUCGUCAACGACAGAUUCGGAAAGACUAUACUGGAGCUUGGAGGAAACAAUGCUGUCAUUGUCAACGAAGAUGCCGACCUCGGACUUGCUCUCCAAGGUGUUCUUUUCGCUGCGGUCGGUACCGCCGGUCAACGAUGUACAUCCACUCGAAGACUUCUCUUACAUAAAUCCAUAUCAGCCGAAUUCCUAUCCCGAUUAUUGAAAUUCUAUGAUUCCAGUCAUCCAUCGAACCAACUUGCUGUUGGAGAUCCUUUGGAUCCAUCUACCCUGAUUGGUCCAUUACACAACGUAGCCGCUGUCGAAAAGUACGAAUCCACUUUGGCUGGUAUAGUCGAACGAGGAGGUGAGAUCCUGACUCUCAGAUCAGGUCGAAUUGAAGGUGGUGAAUUCGGUGUGGAAAAUAAAGGAAACUGGGUAUGGCCGGUCGUUGUAAGACCUAAAAAAGAUGAUGAAAGUUGGAUGGAAGAGACUUUUGCACCUAUAUUGAAAGUUCAAGAAUUCGAUACACUUGAAGAAGCCAUUGCUAUCAACAAUUCUGUUCCUCAAGGUCUAUCAAGUUCAUUGUUCACUUCAAAUAUACAAGCGAUGGGUACAUGGUUAGGACCAGAUGGUAGUGAUUGUGGUAUUGUGAAUGUCAAUGUAGGUACAUCAGGGGCAGAAAUAGGUGCAGGAUUCGGAGGUAACAAAUCAACUGGAUGGGGUCGAGAAUCAGGUGGUGAUGCGUGGAAACAGUAUGUUAGAUGGUCCGGUGCUACUGUCAACUAUUCGUCGAAGAUGCCUUUGGCUCAAGGUGUCAAUUUCGGUAUUCAAGCAUAA